AGAAGAAUUCGCAAGUUUCGAGCAACUAAAAGUUUCACCAGUUGACCAGAAAAUAUUUUGCAUACUCUACAACUACAUAUAUUCCAUAAUAUCUUCAACAACUACAAUAUUUUGUUAAAUAUAUAAAUCUACAUCGCCACCAGUCAUAUACAUGGACGAUAAACCUUUUGCCACCUUUUUCGGUCUGGGAAUGGGGUCUGCGGCAGUCAUCUUUGGUGUUGGUCUGGUCAGUGGGGCUCUCUUGCGUCGAUUUAUUUUUUGGGGCACACGUUCCUCGUCGAACGCUGGGGGAUCAGGUGCUGGAGGCUUGGACACUUUUCAACGGGCCGCACGCCUCACUGCACUUCGAGCCCAAGGCCUUGGUCGGAAUCAUAAAAUGAUAUUCGUCGUUAGAACGGAUUUGGGAAUGGGCAAAGGGAAAAUUGCGGCCCAGUGUUGCCAUGCCGCAGUUAUGUGUUACCAAAAAGCAAUGGUGAUGGACUGUCACAAUUUGGACCUAUGGGAAGCCACAGGAGCUGCCAAAAUUUGCGUAAAAAUUGAAGGAGACGAGAAUUCUUUAAAGUCGUUAGAAAAACAGGCAAAGCAACUAAACAUCGUCUGUGCCAUCGUUCGAGAUGGAGGACAUACUCAGGUCGCUCCUGGCACCAUGACUGUUUUAGGCCUUGGACCUGCACCAGUAUCAGAAAUUAAUCAGAUUACAGGCCACCUGAAAUUGUUGUGAUGCUAUUAGUGUUUUCAAUUUAAGUGCAAGCUCUUUGUCUAAAAUAAAUAUGUAUAGAAAGAGUUGGAUGCAUAAAAAUUUGUAAUUAAAA